AUGACCACCCUCGACAACGCCAUCCACCUGGUGGACACCCUCGUGGCGUCCAUCCAGCAGCAGAUGGCCACUGGACCGUCCACCUCCGCCGCCGCCCCCGCGCAGGGCGCCCCCGCCGCCGCGAAACCAAAGGCGGAGAAGAAGCAGAAGAAGGAGAAGAAGGAAAAGGCCCCGCCCGCCCCGUCCGCGGGCUUCACUCCGCCAGCGGAGCACGAGCUGUUCUACAAGGGGCGGAUCUGCGUGGCCCGCAUUACGUCGGUCGAGGAGCACCCCACGGGGUCGGACAAGCUGUGGGUGAUGAAGGUGGACGUCGGCGGCGAGGAGCGCCAGCUGUGCGCGGGCCUGCGCGCCUUCUUCCCGGACAGGGCCGACCUGCAGGGGCGGCUCGUCGCGACCGUGGUCAACCUCAAGGCGGCCAAGCUCGGGGGCGUCAACUCCGAGGCCAUGAUCCUCGCCGCGAGCGUCGCGAGCGACGGCGCGAAGGAGACGGUCGUGCCGCUGGCGCCGCCCGCGGACUGCCAGCCGGGGGACGUGGUGUACCUCGAGGGGGAGCAGGCGACGGAGGAGUUCCCGAAGACGUGCAAGCACUGGUCGAAGAUCGUGGAGGGUCUGGCGGUCGGCGGCAAGGUGGCGCGGUGGAACGGGACCGCGAUGGUGACGGCGAAGGGGCCCCUCAGUGCAGACAUCGCGGACGGCGCAGAGAUCCACUAG